AAUGCAUUGCGAUUCAUCUGAUGAAGAUGAUAGUAAAUUUGGCAUAGGGAAGAAAUUUUUCAUUUAAUUAUUAGAAAAAGAAAGAAAAGUAAAGUGCAUUCUUUAAUUCAGUUUAGCACAAAGAUUGAAUCAAUGUAAUAAAUUUUGGAUUUACUCAAUAUGUAUGCCAUGUGUGUUGAAUUCUUUGAUACUGUAGGUAAUCCUGCCAAGUAUUAUUUUAUGGAAAAGAUUUCAAAUACAAUUGCUGAGAAAGAAGCAUUUGAAAUAAUGUUAAAAGAUGAAAUGUUAGCAAGAGAAAAAAGAGAGAAACAAAUGUAAAUUAAACCAAUCAUUAAGGAAGGUUUAGUUAAAUAUGAUCCUUUGAAACGUCCAGAAAAACCAUAAAAACCAAAAUUAUAGACACCUAUUAAAGAAGAAGAAUAAUAAUAAUAAUAAUAAGAGUAUAAUAUAGAAAAUAAGAAAAUAUCAUAUAAAAUAAUUAGAGAAGUUCGUUCGAAAAAAUUAACAAUGACAGAAAAAAUAUAUUAAUCUUAAAAUGAAUAAAAAGUCUAAGUUGAUUUAAUUAAACAUUGGGAUGAUGAAGUAGAAAGAAAAGGUAAUUAUAUUUAUAUAUAUUAGAUAAUAUAAUUAGAUAAUCAUUACAAUAAUAAGGAGAUAAUAUUUAAGAUAGAGUUACUGAUAGAUUAAAUAGAUUACGUAAAUAAAUACCUAGUAAUAUCACAAGCGAAAUAUGUUUAGAAAAAUAUGAUACAUGA